AUGAAGACUACUGGAAUCUUUGCUAUUCUCUUUACGUCGAUGGCUGCAACUGCAAUCGCAAGUCCCAACGCAUUGCCUAUGGGAGUUGAGGUUGUCGAACGCGACGGCAAGACCAUUGUCCGUGAAGUGCCACAUGCACUGUUGAGUCGCGGACUUGAACCCCGAUGCCGAGAAUGUGUUGGCCAAGGUGGUAAAUGCACCAUUGGCGAUGGCAGCUGCUAUGCCGAGGAUCCCCCAUUGUACUGUACAUGGUGCGGUGACAAGUGCGGAUCUCGUUGUGUUCGUCAGGGACAGACUUGCCAGCAGACAUGUGUUUAG